AUGGUCGGACUGCUCUCGACGAUGCUGAUGACACUCGCCACGACCGCGGUCGCUCAGAUGGGCGGCUGGUCGCCUGUGACCGACCCGAGCGUCCAGACGGCGCUCACGGCCAUUGUCUCGGACCCUGCCAACUAUGCCAAUGUCACCACCCGUCUCUGUGCCACCGACGUGGCGUGGGCCACGCAGCAAGUCGUUGCUGGCGUCCAGUACCACGUCGGCGUGCACGGCUGCAAGACGACCGCGACCUCCAACUGCUCGUGCGAUGGUCAGCGCCAUGCGUACUUGGUGACGGUGCUCGAAGCUAUCAACGAGCCUGUGCGCAUCACGGCCGUUGUGGCCACUGACGAGACGACGGGUCUCGUUGGCGGCGUGUCGGCGCCGGUCCCUGCGACGGCGGACGACAAGCUGCUGUACGUGCGCGCCGUGACCAAGGACGCCAACUUUGCGUCGGCGAGCGUGCCCCGUGUGUGCCCCGUCGAGUUUGUGUCGGUGGCCAAGCAGGUCGUGAGCGGCAUCAAGCACAUUUUCAUCGUGCGGGGCUGUGCUCUUGUGCCCACGGCCCCCCUCAACAACGUCUUUGACUGCGCAUGCGAGGCGCCCAAGACGUACCGCGUCGAGAUCUACGAAGACGCCGCGCGCCACAUCCAGGACGUGUGGAGCACCCUCCGCGCGGUCACGGCCCCCUUGGGUGUAGUCUUGCCGACAACACUCUCGGGCUACCUCUACUCGACGCCGAAGACGGCCUCCAACAUGCACCGAGCCGCGUUCCGCUACCUCUGGCCAGUGCUCCGCGCCUGCGUCUGGUUCAACGUCUGGCGCGUCCGCAACGAUCGCGUCUUUCGCGCCGACCUCCCACUGCCAAGCCCAUGGACGAUUGCCGUCAAAGCGGCGCGUGUCGCUCAAAUGCACUUGCACCACAGCCUCGUUCAUAACCCAGGGAAAAUGGCUCUACGUCGCCUUCUCCGGCUCCUCGCUCAACACGAGUGGCCGCGCCAGCACCUUGUCCCGCGGAUCGCGCUCCUGCCUCCGCCGGCCUAG